AUGGCAGGAUAUAAUUCUGGAUGGCCCCCUGGGGCCAACACCAACUCUUCAGAGGUGACAGAAUUUCUUGACAGCGUACAAGAUGCUGCCGACACUAUCGAUGCAACAAACAACCAGACUCUGGCUUCUCAGGUGGCAUUGCCAAUUGCCAACGCCUCUCACGGAAUCGAUACUCAAUGUGCUCAAACGGCAGAGCUCGUUGCGAUUACGGCCCGCUCCGAGGCAGACAGCCCUGAUCGCACCCGCGAAACAGAUCGAGUUCUGUUCGAGCCUUUCAAAUUCUUGCCUCUCGAAGUUAGAGCCAUGAUAUGGCUUAUUGCUGCUGAGGCGGCGAGACCGAACGGGGUCUAUCAAUUCAGGUUCGCAAGACUGUGGCUGGUCGCGGACGGGCUGGCCCAGACCGUCUUCACACACGUUCAUCGACUCAGCCCUGGCGCCCUCAGCCGUGAGAUCUUUGAUUUAAUUCGGCGAAGCCAUCUUGGGGGCCAGUCUAUCUUGACCUUCACUCCCUUUCGCGAAGUCGGCAUGUUCACCCUUGAAAUGCGAAACUUGUUCCGAAGCUGUUCAGAGGCUCGGUCUGAGCUGACCCGCACGCCCGGAUUCAGCUCAAGCUUCAAUUUUCACUGGAUGGACGGCAUCAAAUGCAAUUUGGGCACGAUCCGGCCAUUUCAUUACGAUACCGACUGGAUUAGCAUCUGGGGACUGCCCUAUCAGACCCACAACACGCGUCUUAGCCCUGACUUGCUGUGUACGCCUGACAUCAGCCGCAUCCAACAUCUUGCGCUCCCCUGUGUUGAUUACGGACGCCGAUCGGACAUACCUGACCCAAUGAAAACCCUACACAUACUCUGUCGGCUUGAUGGUCUCAAGUCGCUUGGCCUCUACGAGUCCACCUUCACCAUCAGAAAUGUGUCACGCUGGCGGAAGCCGAUCACAGAGAACCACAAAUUGUUUCUCAAAGUCCUUCCAAUUGUGGCUCCUGAAACAGAUUCACUAAAUCGACUGAGUGACCGGUCAUUUCGUGCGGCAAUGAAGAGGAUGAAGGCUUUCAUCGGGGACACAUGUGUGAUGGCAAAUGUCAAGAGUGUUGAGAAUUGGCACCCAAACAGCAUGGACAUUGCGGGCUUGAGGUUCUGUUUUCUGGUCCAUGGCGAAAGCGAGGACGGACUGGAUCUCACAGGGUUCAGGGAGGAUGGCUCCCAUCUGGACAAUGCUGACCGAAUUGAGGAUCUGGGAUCUCUUGGGCGGGCAGUCAAGCGAUUGCAGCUUGCAGCGGCUUAG